AUGGUGAAGGGGCGUCAAGGAGAAACUAUCAGGGUUUAUGUGCGAGGCACGAUUUUAGGAUACAAAAGAUCGAAGUCAAAUCAGUAUCCGAGCACUUCAUUGUUACAGAUCGAGGGAGUUAACACAGAAGAGGAAGUUACAUGGUACCAAGGGAAACACAUUGCCUAUAUAUACAAGGCCAAGGUGAAGAAGAACGGAUCACACUACCGUUGUAUUUGGGGGAAGGUCUCACGUCCUCAUGGUAACAGUGGAGUUGUUCGAGCUAAGUUCAAGUCUAACCUUCCUCCCAAAUCUAUGGGGGAUAGAGUGAGGGUUUACAUGUACCCAAGCAAUAUCUGA